GUAAAAGUGUCAGUAGUGAUCAGAUCGCUAAUACCUGUUGCUUCAACUAUCAAAAAGUACUACUGAGGCAUAUUAGAAUACUUCCUUAUUUCUCAGGAACUCUUGAUUUUCAGCUUUCCUCACACUAAUCUGAUAUCACAUUUUGCAAAAGUCUUUCUGAAAGGGUCUCAAGAAACCACAAGAGAAGCUUUGAAAAUAAGGAAGUGAUAUAUUUCAGGACUGAACUGUGGGCAGGUGAUUCCAGGCUGUCUCUGACUCUUAACUGUUCUCCAGAGAUGGCUUGAUAGGGAUUCAAGAGAAUUAUCUGCUUUUCUUCCAGCUGAAAUACUGGUGUAUUGAUUAAUUCAACGUGUUAGGAUAGUGUGACAGACUUUCACUUGAAUAAGGAGUAAGAAAAACUGUGUGUCUGCUGUGACCUCUGCUAGAACUCUGAUUAAAAAGGCAUAAUUAGGGCAUUGUAGUUGGAGUCUCAGUGUAUAGCAUAAGUAAAAAUAACAUUUCAUGUAAUCUUUCAGAUAGUAGUGCUUGUUCUUAUUUUGUACUGACUCAAAUGACCUUCAUGUUUAAGUGUAUUCUAUGCCCCAGAAGGGCUAUUACUUCUCAGGGCAGGCUGCAUGAACAAAGAGUUGCACUUUCAGUAAAAGUUUGUAACCCGUGUUACAGCAGAACCAGGAUUCUUCUGCACUUAAAGCAAAAGCAGUGUGUGAAACCUUUGAACUGUGAAUGUACUUGAAUGCUAAUUACAUGUCCUUGUAUUUGUUCAGGUGUCUUGAUCUUCUGAGAUGUCAGUGGAAGGAGUGGAUUGUCUUGUAGAUUAGUUAUACAUUAAUCUUGUCUUCUCCAUAUUCAUCGUGAACAGCCAUCAUAAAAUGGAUGGUUUGGGCAACCUCCUUCCUUCUGUGGGUGAAAAUGGUGAUGCAGCUAAUUCACAAGAAAUACUAAAACUUUUGAUGGAUGAAAAAAUGCGAAGUGAACACCAUAAAGCAAAUUAUCAAACUCUAAGGGCAGAACAUCUAAGAUUACAAGAGGAUUAUACCAAAUCACAAGAUGAACUGAAACGGUUGUUAGUUGAAAAACAGACUGUACAUGACAAAUUUCAGCAGCUUCUUGCUGACUUUCAAGAGCAGUUGCUGGCUAAAACACAAGAGCUGGAACAACUGAAGCUGCAGGUGCUCACUCCUCAAAAUUUAGAACGGUUAAAAGCAAAAAUGUAUGAGGAAUUGGCGUCUCCUAUGAGAGAACGUUAUCAGAAGUUAGAAAAUGAAGUAGAAAAAUACAGAACACUAUAUAACAAACUUCGUUAUGACCAUACUUUUCUGAAAUCAGAAUUUGAGCAUCAAAAGGAAGAACAUGCACAUAUUUUAGAAGAGAAGAAAAUAAAAUAUGAGGCUGAGAUUGCAAGACUGGAUAAAGAUAAGGAAGAACUUCAUAAUCAGCUGCUUAGCAUUGAUCCCACAAGGGACAGUAAACGUGUGGAGGCACUUUCUAGAGAGAAGGCACAACUGUGUCAGAAAUUAAAAGCAUUAGAAGCAGAAGUAGAAGAACUAAGAGCAGAAAGACACAACUGUGUUGUGCAAGCAGAAAAUGUUCAAAGAGUACAAGCACGACAGUUAGCUGAGAUGCAGACCAUGAUGCGGUCUCUAGAGGCAGAAAAGAAGUCUGCUGAACUACAGGUUGAUCGAAUUGAGAAAGAACUGCAGGCGAGUCAUGAGCAAAACAUUCUCUUAACAAGCAAACUUCACAAAUCUGAACGAGAAGUCAGUUCCUUAGCUGCUCAAGUAAAAGAACUUAAACAUUCACAUAAGUUGGAAGUAACAAAUGUCAAACUGGAGGCAGCAAGAACAAAGAGUGAAAUAGAAAGAGAGAGAAACAAGAUUCAAAGUGAAAUGGAUGGACUGCUGUCCGACAAGGAAAUCCUUACUGCAGCUGUUGAACGUCAUAAAGUGCUGUUAGUAGAAAAGGAUCGGGAGCUAAUUCGUAAAGUGCAAGCUGCCAAAGAGGAAGUUUUUGACAAUAUUGCAGCCUUACAGAAUGAAAAGUUAGAACUUGAGAACAAAUUGGCUGAUCUAGAAAAGAUGAAAACAGAACAAGAUUCUUGGAGACAAUCUGAAAAGGAUCAGUAUGAAGAGAAACUACGUGCUGUGCAGAUGGCAGAAGAAUCUAGCAAAAAGGAACUUCAGCGUUUACGAUUAAAAAUUCAACAGCAAGCUAUGCAGACAGAAGAGCUGGAAGAAAAGAAAUGUGAAAAUGCUAAUCUUAAACAGCAAAUAAAUGAUAUCCAACUACAGCUUGCCUCACUUUCUCAAUCAGAAAAUGAUUUGCUGGAAUCUAAUCAGAAGUUGAAGGAAAUAAUAGAGAGAUUGAAACAAGAAUGUCAACAUGCAAGGGCUCAGGCAGAGAAAGCUCAACUGGAAACAGAGAAGACUUCAGAAUACCAACGUAUGGAAUGGCUGCAGGAGAAGCAUAUGCUUACUCAGCACAUCACAGAGUAUGAAGAGAAAUACAAGCAAAUGAAGAACAAGCUAUGUCGAGCUGCCGUUGCUCAGAAAAAGAGAAAGACUCUCAAUGACAAUAAACAAAGGAGGAUGAGUGAGAAAAUAGAACUUUUGGAAGCCAAGAUGGAAGAACUAGAAAAAGAAAAUCAAGUGUUAAAUAGACAGAAUGUUUCCUCUGAAGAAUAUGCUCGCCUCCAGAAGAGGCUAAAGGACUUGCAACGUCGGCACAAUGAAUUCCGGAGUAUAAUUCUGAAUCCUGACAUACCGUCACUCAAUCCAGUCGGUAUUGCGCCAUUGUCUGCCUUGCCUCCUGGGCCUGCAGCGUCCUUCUCCUUUCUUCAGGAGGAGCAGCAUCAAAGAGAGCUUGCCCUGCUUGGCAAACGGUUGGAAGAACUAGAAACCAGACAAAGAAAACAGCUAGAAGAUCUUGGACCAUCUAGGGACCGGGUAAUGGUGGAGUACAGGGACUUGGCAAGAAAUAAUAUCACUGGAGAAGAUGAAGCACAAAGUGAGGACUCCAAAUAAAAUCUGCACACUCGAUGCUGUUAGCUUUCAAUAACUUAUCCUUUGUACAUGCUUUUCAUAUCUUGCCAAAAACAUGGUUGUAUGUGCCUGAAUAGCAUAAAAUAUAUUCUGCAUAGUUACCCAUUUGUGGCUCAAUUGUUGAACUGCUGGGUCUAAGGACAAAAGUACCUUUUUGCAUUGGGAAUCAUAAAAAGAAUAAGCAGAGUUGCCAUUCAUGAGAGGGCUCCACCCUGAAUUUAUGUUACCAGUGCUGUGAUAUUUAGCAUAGCAGCAGUUAAGGCUCAGUAUUGGGAUUCAAUUGUGGACAGUUUGUUUCUGGUCCGCUAGACUUCCCACUUCUCCCAAGUGUCCGCUCCUCUGGGCAUGUGUGGGGGAAGUUAAGUCCCUUCCACUCUAAGCCAAGAGCAGGUUUGGGAUGAUUUGGUGAAGCUGAAUAGCCACAAAUAUGUAGGACCUGAUGCUGUGCAUCUCAGGGUCCUGAGGGAACUGGCUGAUGUUGCUGGAUUUGGAAGUCAUAGCAAUCAGGUGCUGUCCUCAGUGACUGGAAAAAGGGAAACAUCGCUC